GGCCCGAGCGCUUUUCGCAGCCGCGGGACGCGCCGCGGCCAAUCAGGUUCCCGGGCAGCAUGUCGAAGCGUGUGGUGGAGUCCGACUGGCUCUGCCGCGGCCCGGCGGUCUAGUCGUCACGCAGCGGGCGCACGGCUCCACAAGCGGGCAGCCGUCGGUGCGGUGGUAGCGCCUCUAACGGGCGGAGCUGCUGGUAUUCCACGAUGGACGACGGCGACGACAGGAGCGACUUGGGGCACAGAGCGGCGGCGGUGGCGGCCCGGGCGCGCCGAGGGGCGGUCGCGGACGGCGGUGGAACGGCGGCGCGGCAAGAUGGCGAGCAGGCGUCGUCGAAUGUCGGUUGGGACAAACCGGGGCGUCUCGCCGGAGCGAGGACCGCGGCGCCCAGCCUGGUCCACCGGAGACACAUGCCGAUGGAGACGCUGAAAUUUCACAUUCCCAGGAAAAACAAGGAGAAGAGAGCUCUUUUCCAGUAUGUAUCCACAGAAUCCAGGGAAUAUGAGGACAUGUUGAACAUCCUGACGUCUAGCUACAUAGACACAGGCUCCACGAGCUGCUUCACCUACUCCAAACCACAGUUGGUGUACAGUGAGGUGCAGGAGAAAGAGUUUGUAGAGAAGAGGAGGGAGAUGAAAGUGGAGGGAAGGACGGACAAGGAGUUGGAAGAGUGCUACUACUUCCUAUCGGCUGACUCUGUUAAGCUGCAGUUGAUCUGUGAGAAGGGCCUGAUGGUGGGUCACAGCUGGAUCACAGCGCUGGGCAACCCUAACAAAGGAGUGUAUCUGUCUAAAUACUCAGACAUACUUCAGAUUAAUACCUUCACUUCCGGAGCCACAGGGGAGCUCCUCAUCUUCAAAGUGAUGAAGGGGAAAGUCAAGAGCAUUUAUUGCAACAUGACAAGGAAUCUUCUAGAUCCAACACCGCGCUUUGACAGUCACCUCUCCAAAAACAUCAGCAAGGUCACCUCGACCACCUCCUACCACGCCUUUGAGCUCACACAGCAAUACUUCUACGAGUAUUCGUUUGAUGAGCUGCGGACACGGCCUCGCCAGGUGUGUCCCUACGCCGUCGUUUCCUUCCUGUUUAAAGGAAAAGAUGCUCAGCUCCCCAGCAAAACCCUCCCUCUUCUCAGAUUGAACAGCCAAUCAGCAGAAGGAAGUAAAGAGCGUAAUCAGUUCACAGUGUGGAGUGGAGAUCUUGUGAAAGGAGACAGGGUUCUGUUCCAGGCCUCUCUGCGCUCCUUCUCUCCUCCCAUCCUGCCUUGCAGACUACCAGAGAAGCUUGAAAUUGGAUGUCUGGUGAAUCUGGAUGAGGUGACCAGCAACUUUCCCUCUGCCUUGUUCUCCUGGAAUCUUUACGUAGGCAGCCAUGAAGUUGUGAAGAAUGACAGGUACUGCAGUCUUCUAGAGGUGGUUGAAAGGAGCCAGACUGGGACCAGUGUGACGAAGUUACUGGAUGAGCUGGAGACCAGGGGAGUUGUGCUGGUGACGUCACUGGUUGACCGAGGCUUCCUUUUCCUGCUGUCCAGCGCCCAGAUGACCACACCCAACAAUGUAGGGCAGGGCUGGAAGAGAUGUCUGCAGGCUCUGUUCAUCUUUCCUGAGACCAGAGAUGUGACCAAAUCCAUAUCCAAAUGCACCUCCUCUACCCAUGAUGCACCUGACUCUGGCAGCCUUGUGAUACCGUGGCUGAACUGUUUCCUCCCUGUGCUUCACCAAGCCCUGGUCAAAGCCCGAGCCAACCCCCUCAGCCAGCUGUCUGCCGGGGUGGCAAUCCAGGUCGAGGAGUACCUCAGCGGACAGAAUGAUGGCAAGUUGCGCCUCUACCCCAUGGCUGAGUACGACACCAAACUGGAUGACAGAGGGAAGCUGUUUCCUGCCCCCAAACGACACAGUGUGAACAUUGACAGCUACCUGCUUUCCUACCUGUACAACCCAAACAUCUACUUGCUAACCACGGCCAGCGCCAAACAGAAGAUGGAGCUGUUAUGUGCCCCUAAGGGGAAGGGACACAUGGAGGAGAAGAGGCCUGAGGGGAGCCCAUCCGGUGCAGAGGGAGGGGUGCAGAACCAGACAGAACCUCAGAAGGUACAGCAGAUGAUUGACUUGGUGAUGACCUGUAAGAAGAACGCAGAGAUGGAGGUGACAAGACAGGUGGAGGAGAGGCAGGAGGAGGGAGUAGAGCAGGAGGUACGGGGGAGGAAGAGGAAGCUGGAGCAGGAGAUGGCAGAAAAGACACUGAAGUUCCUGAGGACGGCCUCACAGCAGGCAGCAGGAGGUGGAAGUCAGCCAGUGGAGGACAGCCAAAGUCCGUCCCUGCAGUGUUCUCUCUCAUCUAUGAUUAGCUUGAUGGGUUUGAAAGACAUGGAUCUGAGGAAGGAAGGGUCUGAGGCAGCAGCCAAACUCCUUAGCCUGCUGACAGAACUUAAUAAGGCUGCCACGGGAGCAGGCGGUCAGAGCCUGUCUGAGGAGCAGGAGGAGGGGCAGACUGAGUCCUGGCCCUUUGACAGGCUGGCCUCCAAGCUUGGCCUGCCUGCCAACUGUGACGUCGACCUACGCAAACAGGAGGAACUGGAGGAGCAGACAGUUGGUAGUGUCAGCAGCUUGGAGGGGUUCAGUCCCAGCUCCCGCAGCGGGGAGUGUGCCCCCAAAGGACAAAGUUUUGGAAGGAGAGCAGAAGGAGAAGAGGAAGACAAUGAGAUCCCCUGGGUCCUCAUCCCUAUUACAGAUCUGUGCUCAGAGAAGAACAGCCGCAAAGAGAGAGGCAACCCCCAGGAUCCCCGCUGCCUGCAAGUCGCCACGGCAACAUGCGUCGUCGUGACCGCGAGCCCACCCAAUAGAAGCCCCACCCCAUCCCCGGAGCCCAGCUCUCCCCCUUCCCCCUACCCCUCUCCUUAUCCCUCUCCCUCCCCCUCUCUCUCCCCGGGGCCUAAUGAGGACAUCCCUGUUAAUGUGAACCACAGCGUCGCUAAUGAGAAGCAGUUAACUUCCAUGGCCCCCUGGAAGUCUGCAGGAGUAACAGAGGAGACGGAGGAGAAAUCUCAGCCUGAAGAAGAGGAGAGGAGGAACCAGGAGGAGUCACCCUCAUCCCUGCCCCCGGUGCCACAGCCUUUUGAGGAGCUGCAGAAGGAAGAGUCAGGAGAGGAAAUAGGGGAGGUGACGGAGCAAGGAGGAGAGCUGGUGGAGGAGAGAGAGGAGGUGGAGAUGCAGCAAAAGGACCAGGUGGGAGGGGGAGAGGAGGCAGUAGAAGUGAUAGAGAUACUAGAUGACUCCCCCCCUCCUUCUCCUCGUGCUCCAUUUAGAGACAUUGAUGGGAUUUUGCAGGAGCACCUGGGCGACUUAUCCUCUGAGUUCCAACACCUCCUGCAGGGGGAGAGUAUACACUACAGCCCCGAGCACACAUCCACACUGCCCUCGAAGGUGCUAAUGCCAUUUUCACAGUAUGUGUCUAUGUGUAGCCCCAGCUCUUCGUUCCAGAGCUACGUUGGCUUGCUGAGGCACAACAUCAAUGACAUACUGCUAGACUCCAACUGUGUCAGGCUUCACCAAGAGGUGGAAACUGAAGCUGCGCUGGCCAGCAGAGUCAGUGAUUUUGUGGCUGGUAUCAGAGCAGCUAACACCAGCGUAAGCAGAGCUGAUAACACAUCAGCAGACUGUAGCGAUGACACAGCAGCUAGCAAUGGUGGAUUGGUCGAUCAGGACACUCUGAUGCCCAUGAGUGGGGAGCUCUGGCGUCACCACGCCACCAGCCAACAAUUUUCAAACGAUAGAACUGUCUCACACACACCCUCCAACGUCUCUCUGUCUGUCUCUACCUCUGCAUCUGUCUGUCCCUCUCUGUAUGAGCCUGUCUCCGAACGGUUAGUGGACAGACCUUUUGUUAGGUCUGACCCCCCAGUUACUGGCACGGCCUCCCCCAGCCGCCCCUGCUCCCGGGCAUCCAACCCAACCCAGCAUAAUUUCUGGUUACCACAGCAACAAUCUGAAUUCAGUCCUUCAAAACAAACGCAAGGUGUCUGUAACCCCCACCUUCUGUACCGCCCCGGUGGAGAAGGGGGAAGCCGGCUAUCGGACUCCGUCAGCGAGGUGAGGUUGCAGGGCUUCAGCGGGGCACCUCCUCCCUCCUCGGAGCUGUUGGACCCCGCCCACGUUUCCCCGGGACUCCCCGUGGCCCCUACCAUCUCCUGUUCCCCCACAGUGUCCAUUCCUGGGCAGGAGCAGGAACCUGCCACUACUGCCACGGACAUCAGCUCCGUGAUCAGCCAACUGCAUCCCGCGGUGUUCAGCAGCCUGGUGGAAAUAAUCAAAGACGUCAGGAGGAACUCGAUGCAGUUCUACGUCCACAGCACGGAGCAGGAGGACCAGGUCUACGAGGACAUUAAGGAGUAUCUCUUAAAACAGAGGUAUGUAGAGCAGAGCCCCGUGGCGUUCUUGGAUCAGGAGACUGAAGACCGACUGCUGGUGGUCAUCCAAAACAAACAUAUAGCAGAGCACAUCCACAAGAUCCCGGGGCUGGUGUCCCUGAAGCGGCAUCACUCGGUGAUGUUCGUGGGCAUUGACAGCACGGAUGACUUAAGGAACAGCAGUCAUACUGACCUCUUUGUCUCCGGAGGCUUCAUCGUUUCUGACGAGUUCGUCCUCAACCCUGACUUCAUCACGCACGAACGUCUGCGUGCUUUGCUGAGUUUCCUGGAGCAGCAGAGCUCAGCAGAGAGUGUUUGGAGGUGGAGAGUCCACUGCAAGACCCAGAGUAAGCUCAAACAACAAGCAAGAUUCAAGCGGGACGCAGCCAGCAUAUUAGACGUGCUCACAGCUUAUCAGAAGCAUCUGAUUGUGGAGUUCCUCCCCUACCAUCACUGUGACAUGCCCAACUGCCAAUCACCAGACCUCAAGUGUCUGGUAGAACUACAGGCUCGAUACACUCGACACAGGCAUAUAAUUUUUUUAACAGAGCGUCGCUUUGAAAUGUUUCCGAACUACUUCAGCAGCGGCAUCAUCAUCGCUAACAUUGAUGACAUCAUGCACAACUUCUCCAACCUGGUUGGUUAUCAUGACAUCAAGAAAGCACAGCCAACUACAGGCGACCUUGCUCCCAAAGAUCUUGGUGGCCGACAGCUGAGUCAUGAGGACGCCGCCCUGGGCUCUGAGCUCUCCCCUCAGUCCUUUCUUGAACAAUCUGUCCACCCGCCCCUCCUCCAGCCCUCCCUCCGCCUGGGCCCUGGGACCCCGCUUCCCCCUGACCAGCUGGUCCCCGAGUCCCGCGCCACUCCCUCCUCCUCUUCCUCCUCUUGCACUGAGGGACAACAGCAGCAUCACUCGGACUCGGACUUCGAAGCACUGCGAUUGGCUAUUUCACAGUUCAGGGCAGAGCGUCAGGUGCAGCAGCAGCUGGCAGAGCCUCAGCCGGAGUUCAGUAUCGACCCAGUCCACAGCCUCCACCAUGACACAGCUGAUUGCGCAUCCACUCCACCUGUGCCAGACCAAGCAAGACCUGCUGAGAAAAACAAGCUCACCCCUGGCAGGAAAGCUUUGGUGGCUAAGCUAGACACAAUUCACUCAGCACUGGACUCUGAGCCAGGUGAGGAGGAAGAGGAGGUGGGUGGUAGAGAGGUGGCAAGGCGAGCCAUGGAGCAAAGGGGCAAGGCAGGGAGAGGAGAGCAAAGAGGAGGUGUCUCAAUGACAGGGAUGCCCUGCAAAGAAAAGGAAGUGUGCUCGAGUGGAGAAGGACGGUUCUCAGCUAGACCUGGUCGGCCUGAUGUGUCGCUCCUCACCUCUCAGGAUGGCUCAGCAAUGCCUACUGACAUCUCUCACUCAACGUAUCAGAACAUAGGUGCUGCAGCAGUGGACGCCAAUGACUGCAUAGACUCAGUGGGUUCAGCCCAUGUCAGUGCUGUGAGAGCAGAUCACCGAGGGGAACAUAGCUUUGUCAGAAUGCCAGUAGGUGCAACCUGCAGUACCACCGCCUGUCAAAUGGCGGGUGACAGAGAAAGAGCCCAGCCGCCAAGCCAGGAACAGCCAGUGCAGAGAAUAUCUCCUAAUACCCCUGAUAACAGCAACAUCAGCAGCACUGCGGAGUCUGAGCCGGACAGCCGGCAUCUAGCUCUGCAGCACCUACAUCGCGAGCAGAGACAGAUCCAACAGCAACAGCCCCGCCAUGCAGCGCUUUCACCUUACGGGGGAGGUCUGCUCCCUCCGCCCAGUACCCUACCGCUCCUCUCCAACCAGACAUUCCCCCACAGGCCAAUCCUGGGGCCUCUGGCAGCACUCGGAGGAAUCCUGGGGCCCGGGUCUGUCUGGUCAAGCCCUGCAGGGGCUGCCCUGGUCUGGGGCUUGCAGCAGGCAGGCAUGGAAUUUCCUUUACCAGGUCUGACAGGGGCGUACCACAACCCUGGGAGUCAGGGAAGUCCCAGGUACAGGGGGGGGCACAGAGGAGGCUUUCAGCGGCGAUAAGCCCUUCGGUUUCUUCACAUGUUGAGGAGCUAAAAACAUCCUGCCUUAAUUCUUCCAACAGACACUCCUGACGUCUGCGUCCUGUAAGAUUUCUCUGUUUUUCUAGAAACUCCAUUUUCUUUGUUGUCCUUUUUGUUGGUUUUAAAUUUAAAUCCUUUAUUUUUUUUACACCUCCGACAGUGAGUUUGUAUUAAAAGAUGCUUCCCAAAACUAACUUCGUCGCCUGUCUGUUUAGGUUUAUA